UCGUUUAAGACAAAACUUUAGCAGAUUAAAUAAGUGUGUCUUCAAGUCCUUGGGUCAAGGGUUCAAUAAACCCCUCUGGUAGAAAGCCCUGCAGCUAAACUUCAUACAUAACCUUGUGCAGAAAGCUGGAUUUACAUUUACACACCAGACUGUGUACUUAUGUAUACACACUGCAUACAUUACGUUUACUGUACACGUGUGGUACGACACGCUUCAUGCUGCAGGGGCGGCAUGGCUCUUCCAGCGAGUUAAUCCACUCACAACUAAAAAGAAGAAGACAAUCUAACACCGUUAUUUGUGAUGGUUUUAAUAAGUAGAGGAAGAGGAAUCAUCAUCUUUAUUAACUAGGCGAGUGACAUCGACAGAAUAUUUAGUGUUUGUAUUCCGCUUUGUUUUUGAUGGUCGCGCGCUGAGGGGAAGUGGCCGCUCCUUGUGUCCCGUGUUCACGUGAAGCGCCCCGGUGCGUGUUCAGACUAGAGGACCGAGGACUGCUGAGGCAUCAACACGCCUGACGUCCAGCCGGCCCAUCCGGUGGCUCUGGUUGUGGAGCGACAGGCGGGGAACCCGCGGGACAGGAUGCCUCUGUUCUUCAGGAAGAGGAAACCCAGCGAGGACUCCCAGAAGAGACUGGAGUACCAGCUGUGCAGGUCGAAGGAGGUCGGUGCUGAUGACGUCCUCGACCUCUCUGCGUGUGAGGUCUCAGAGGUUCCCUCGAGUGCCUUCUCCAUUUGCAAGGUGCUUCAAAAGAAGGUUCUCAUCCUCCAUCACAAUGAGCUGAGGUCCCUGCUGCCCAAAGGAUGUGACAUCCUCACCCUCUCCACCUUAAAGGUUUUGGAUCUGCAUCAGAACAAACUCACCUCCCUCCCAGAGGACAUCGGCAAGAUGGCGUCGCUGCAGAUUCUGAACGUGGAGAAGAACCGCCUGAAGGAGCUCCCUCAAUCCAUCGGGGAUCUGCGCCUCCUGCAGACGCUCAAUCUGAAGGGUAACUGCCUCAGCGCGCUGCCGUCCUCGGUGGGCUCCCUGAGCAGCCUGCGCACCCUGGACCUGAGCGACAACCUCAUCGAGCAGCUGCCCGACGCGCUGGUCCACAUCCGGACCCUGGAGAGCUUCACCCUGGAUGCCGCCAUGAUGUCCUACCCGCCUGCAGCCGUGUGUGCAGACGGCACCGAAAGCAUCCAGCGCUUCCUGUGCAAUGAGCUGGGAGAGGAGUACUGCCCUCCAUCCCAGUACCUGCUGCCGGUGCUGGAGAACGAGGGGGGCAGGCAGGACUCUGACUGUGUGGACGGCCAGGAGGAGGCGUGGCAGAACAAGUUCAGUGACUACGAGAAGAGAAAGGAGGAGAAGCAGCAGGCCAAGCUGGCCUUCGAGUGCCACCGCGAGGAGAAGAAGAAGGAGCACAUGCAGCUCAUCCUCCUGAACACCUCGCACAAGGAGAACAUCUUACACUCCGUCCGACAGGAGCAGGAGCGCCGGGAGCUGGGCAUCAGCCAGCAGCAGAGGGCCCAGGAGGCCGAGCGGCUGCUGGUGCUGGAGAAGGUCCGGCAGGCCGAGGACGGCAUCAGCAGCCGCAUCAGCUGCAUGCUGAUGGACAAGAACAGGCAGAAGAAGAGUGCAGAGUUCCUUAAAUCUAUGGAAGAAGAUCGCAUCCGGAUGGAGCACCUGACGGCCAUCACACAGGAGGAGACCAACUCCCUGAGGAGGAAGGAGGUGGCCGCUGCGAUGCAGAAGAUGCUGUCGGACGGCUGCGCUAUGAACCUUCUGCAGGAGGCCAGUGACUUCAGGAGAGAGAGCCUGGUGACGGAGGCUCAUAGAAGCAUGGAGAACAUGGACCGGAGGUUUGAUAAGAUGUUGUCGAUCCAGAUUUUGGACAAAUCUAAAGCCAUCGCCCAAAUCUUACUGGAGGAGGAGGUGCAGAAGGCAGCGUUCCAGGCUCUGCAGCUGCAGAAAGACGCCGUGCACGGAUACAUCCGGGUCCAGAUCAAGCGCAUAGAGGCUGAGUUAAUGCAGCUGACUAGGUUGGAGAUUAAAAGACGCAAUCUGGACGCUGAGAACCUGCAGGAGGUUCUGGUGGACCAGCGUACGGCCCUCAGUGACUUGUUGCAGCAGCUCCUGAAGCAGAGGGACCAGAGGGAGCUGGAACUGCGUCUGGUUCUGGCCGAGAUGGAGCUGAAGUCUGAGUGCAGCCAGCAGAACUACUGGAUGAUCCAGUACCAGAGGCUGCUGGUCACCACGGAGGCCCUCUACCACAUGACCUCCGCUGACCUCAAGAAGGUCUGUGGGCGGAGCUCCCCGUCACCGUGA